CUUUAUAUCUUUCAUCUCUUCUAUUCCUAUAUCUCUCGUGUAGUGUGAGUGGAAUGAGUGUGAACCAAUCAUUUCCCAUUUUCUCACUUAAUCAUUUUCACUCUUUCCUUAUAUGUAAAGACCAACUUCAACUAAUUCACUUCCACUUGUGUUACACACCAAAUGAUCAUUUUUCUAUUUGAUAGAUAUCCCUUCCUGUUAAAAUCUCAGAAAACAAAGCCAAAGUGAGGGACUAGCUAGCCAGUCAUGGGAUCUGAGGCAGAGCAUGAGCAGAGCAGCAUGCUAAAGCUUACCUUGUUCUCUGUUCCAGCAACGCAAAUGCAGUCACCAGAGCGAUCAGGGAUGCUAACACCUCCUAUAAACACCUCAGCUGCAGUCCCAUUUCGCUGGGAACAAGAGCCUGGAAAGCCAAAACUUUGCAACGCACUCAUCACCUUCGACAACAAGUGCUUGGUUCUGCCUCCAAGGUUGCUAACACCCUCUCCUUAUGUGGCCAGCACCAGAUUCCGCUCUCCAUCUUUUAAAAUGAGCAAAGGAUACAAUUGUUAUGGUUCUUCUUUUAGUGCUGACAAUAAAGGGCUGCUUGGACCUAUGGUUCUCGUCAAAGACACUGAUCGGUGGUUUGGUUCUUGGAGGAAAAAGGCCUUCAAGGUCAAAAGAGAGGUUGCUGGAGGUAGUCAUGUCUUUCCAUCUUCUGAUGCCACUGCAGACACUCACAACAAGCUCAUCAAAUGUUCUGGGAGCACUUCUAGUUCUAGCCUACCCCAUGACAAGUAUCCGUGAGGGCAUGAAGCAGGUGGUUCCAUCAUGGAGGAGUAAAAAGUUGAAGAAAGAUGGGAGUGCCCUCAGGCUCUGAGAUUUUUCUGCAUACCAUUGUUUGGCCACAAAUAAUUUGUCAGCAGUGCAGCUGUAGUACAUUUUCUUUGUGACGUGACUGUGAGUGUCUGCAUGAUAGAAAGUGGCAGACAGAACCCGUUUCUUGUGUGAAUUUUUGCUUUCGCGUGUGCUAAUUUGUACAGAAAUUUUAACCUAUCAAUUAUGGUCGUAUUAGGAGGAGGUAUCUCUGUCACUGUGUAGCAAUGUUGUUGCAAUUGCCUCUGGGUACACUAGUAAGCUACACAAAUGAUGCAAUGUCUGCCUUCCCCUAAAAAAAUAAGCUUAACCUUUGCAUGUCAA